AUGAAAGUCGACUAUGGCGUCCGCGCAUUGGUUGAGUUAGCCAUGCGCUACGGAGGUGGUCCCGUGCAGACGGCAACCAUCGCCUACCGGCAGGGUAUUCCCGAGCCCUACCUCGAACGCCUCAUGUCCACCCUGAACAAAAGCGGUUUCGUCCACAGCCGUCGGGGGCCGCAGGGAGGACACCUGCUCGCCCGCACCCCGGCCGAUGUAAACCUCUACGACAUCAUGCAGGAACUCGACGGCAACGCAUCGCCCCUCGACUGCCUUACCAUCCCCACCGACUGUAUGUUCGCCGAUUCGUGCGCCCAGAAAGAAAUCUGGCAAACGGUGGAAGAUUCAAUUCAGCAGGUGCUGGAAGCCACUACCCUGGAACACCUGGCAACGCGGCAAAGCGCCCUCAUCAGCGCCGCCGAUCAUCAGGCAGACGCCCAGGAGCGGAUGUUGCAUCCCAUUCCCAUUGGCCGGCCUUCCUGA